AUUGAAUGUACCUCAGUUAAACUGAAAAAACUUCAUUGUAUUAAUGAAUUGUCCAAGUUUUAUUCAGUAACAUCGUUAGAAACAACAUUUUCGCUCACUUAUCUCUGUGUCUUAUUUGGCAUUAGUAAUAACACUAUUACAAACUGUAGAUUACUCACUUUAAAUCAUGUCAUGUAUAUUUAAUGGCAAAAACCAUUUAAUGCUCAUGGAAACUAGUGGAAUAUACAAUCGAAUAUAUUGAAGUCUUUGAAUCUCGAUACAAGAAUCAAAGAUAAUACACCGAACAAUUCUGCUUUGUCAGUUAAUUUAUUUAUUCAAACUGUACAGUCGUAUUUAUAGGGAAUGAAAUCAUUUCAUGACACUGAGCUUCGUAUUGUCUCCUCACCCUAUCAACUACCUUAUUGAACUAUAUCAUUUUGUCUUUAUAUGUUCAUGAUCUAUUGUGAAAUAUGCUAUACUGGUUUUCCUGAACGAACACUCUCUAAACACAUCCUUUAAUUUUAACUUGUUUUAAUUUCUCUUGGAAAUUCCGUUCAUAUCUCUCCAUACAUAAAUAACCUUCAAAAUGAUUUACACAACUAAACGAUUUAGACGAAAUACAGUGGUGUUAACAAUUUAUCAUAUCCAACCUAAAAUUUAUGUGCCAAAAAAAUAUUUGUAUUUUAGAUUAUGAGGCUAUAUUUGCCUAAAUUAUAUCUUAUAUUUAUAACAAAUACAAUUAUCCUAUCUGGUGUAAUAUGCAAUGAAAUUCAUAGUAAAUCCACAGAGUAUGGUGAACAUUAUAUUCAUCCGAACGAUCUGUUAUAUCCUACGCUAUAUGAAAAUAUUGAAGAUGAUUUAACAUUCAAUGAAAUGAAUGAUGACAAUGAUAAUAAUAAUAAUGAUGAUCAUAUAACUUUCAAAAGUCAACAACAUAUUAAUGAUCGAUUAUUUCAACCGACUAAAGAUCAUAGACAUUGGUUAAAUACUGAAAAUAUACAACAUAAUCAACAUGAUGAAAAUCAACAUGAACAUCAAGAAAGAAUAAUUUCAAAUAAUCUUAUUAAGAAAAUUACAGAGAAUUUAUUGAAACAAUCAACAAUGCAACAGAAUAUCCCUACUUCACCAUCAUCAACAUCAUCAUCAUCAUCUUUACCAUCAUCUUCAGAAUCAACAGCAUCAUUAUUGCCAACAUCAUCUAUAUUUCAUUCAUCAUCUAGAUCAGUAUUACCAAAUUUAUGGUCAAAGAAUUCAUUAUAUAGACCAUAUCGAUUGAAACGUGAUGAUCUUGGCUGGAAACGAAGUAUUCAUUAUAAUGUGUGAAUCAAUGACAGAAUUAAUAAAUAACAAUGAACAUAAUGUCAUGAACAAUUAAUUAAUUAAGAUACUACUAAAUAUAUUUAAAAGUUAAUAAAUUAAUUAAACAGGGGGUUAUCUUAUUUUUGAACAGAAUAUAUACAUAUAUACACUAUAUCUAUAAUAAAAUUUAAAGUAAUAUACAUAAAACUAUCCUCAUUCUACA